GAAAAACAACUACGAAUCAGUGCCUCCGAGGGUCAGCAGUAUUGUCUGCAUACGAGGACAGUAUUCCUUCACCUCUUACGUUAAAAGGCUGAAAGAUAUUGGUAGAUUAUUUCCGGAAGAGAAUUUAUGGUCAGCUGGUGCUUUUAUAAUUUACGAAAAAAGUUGAGAAGGAACCAUUAUGGGGCAAGAACUGAGUUUAUCCCAUGGAUGUGGUCCUUCUUCCUGCUUCUUCCUACAUACUCCACCAAUGUCAGCUUUAGGAUACAGGCUCGCUUCUCAUAUGUCCGGAUGAAAUAUCUUUUCUUUUCCUGGUUGGUGGUUUUUGUUGGAAGCUGGAUUAUAUAUGUGCAAUACUCUACUUAUACAGAGCUAUGCAGAGGAAAGGACUGUAAGAAAGUAAUAUGUGACAAGUACAAGACUGGAGUUAUCGAUGGACCUGCAUGUAAUAGCCUUUGUGUUACCGAAACUCUUUACUUUGGAAAAUGCUUAUCAACCAAGCCCAGCAAUCAGAUGUAUUUAGGGAUUUGGGAUAAUUUACCAGGUGUUGUGAAAUGUCAGAUGGAACAAGCAGUUCAUCUUGAUUUUGGAACUGAAUUGGAACCAAGAAAAGAAAUAGUACUAUUUGAUAAGCCAACUAGGGGAACUACUGUACAGAAAUUCAAAGAAAUGGUCUACAGUCUCUUUAAAGCAAAGUUGGGUGAUCAAGGAAAUCUCUCUGAACUGGUUAAUCUCAUCUUGACAGUAGCUGACGGAGACAAGGAUGGCCAGGUUUCCUUGGGAGAAGCCAAGUCAGCAUGGGCACUUCUUCAAUUAAAUGAAUUUCUUCUCAUGGUUAUACUUCAAGAUAAAGAACAUACCCCCAAAUUAAUGGGAUUCUGUGGUGACCUAUAUGUGAUGGAAAGUGUUGAAUAUACCUCUCUUUAUGGAAUAAACCUUCCAUGGGUCAUUGAACUUUUUAUUCCAUCUGGAUUCAGAAGAAGUAUGGAUCAGUUGUUCACACCAUCAUGGCCUAGAAAGGCUAAAAUAGCCAUAGGACUUCUAGAAUUUGUGGAAGAUGUUUUCCAUGGCCCCUAUGGAAACUUCCUCAUGUGUGAUACUAGUGCCAAAAACCUAGGAUAUAACGAUAAGUAUGAUUUAAAAAUGGUGGACAUGAGAAAAAUCGUGCCAGAGACAAACCUUAAAGAACUUAUUAAGGAUCGUCACUGUGAGUCUGAUUUGGACUGUGUCUAUGGCACAGAUUGUAGAACUAGCUGUGAUCCAAGUACAAUGAAGUGUACUUCAGAAGUGAUACAACCAAACUUGGCAAAAGCCUGUCAGUUACUCAAAGACUAUCUGCUGCGUGGUGCUCCAAGUGAAAUUCGUGAAGAAUUAGAAAAGCAGCUUUAUUCUUGCAUUGCUCUCAAAGUCACAGCAAAUCAAAUGGAAAUGGAACAUUCUUUGAUACUAAAUAAUCUAAAGACAUUACUGUGGAAGAAAAUCUCCUACACCAACGACUCUUAAUUCAUUUGGACAUUGUUACCAUUGUGGAAAACUUUUUUAAAAUGGUUUCUGAUUCAGAGAUCCCUGCCAAUAACUUAUAAAACUCCUUUCCCCUGGGCCUAGCUGAGAAACCAUCAUUUAAAAAUACAUGUUGUUACUAAAGUAAUGUCAGGAAAUACAGUAUCAACAGGACCAAAAGAUUUCAGUCCUGCCCUUUUAGAAGCUGUUACAUUUCCCAGUGCAUUCACUGUGCAACUAUUUUGACUAAAGCCUCAAAAAAAUAAAUUAUGCUGUGAAAAAUCUCAUUCCGUAGACAUCAACAGUGAGCGCAAUUUGUAGAUUUUUGUUAGAAUACCAUUGCUGAAAACAUUUUUUGCACUGAAGCUGCUGUUUUAAAAAGAAAAUUUAUAAAUGUACUAAUGUCUUAGCAUGGCAAAGUUUGCACAUUAACAGAAAUUACGACUGCAAAGCAGGUAAGCUUACUUUCCUAAAACAGAUGUUGGGUUAAUAGCAUGGUUUGUUGUACUCUAGACUUAAACACACAUUUUAAACCUCAUUUAGACAUCAAGUAUUGUGGUUUCAGAAUGUUUCCUUAAGUGGCUCUUUGACCCUCAGAAUUGUUCUAGGUGACAAUAUGUAAUACCAACAUUAGCCAAAACUGGGUGACUUUUCACAUAUUCAUCCUAAAUUGAGUCCAUUUUGGAAUCAACCAGCAUAAUGAGCCCUUCAGAACUGCCAUCUUAAGACCCAAUCCAGACCCAUAUAUUGUGAACUUAAAAUUAUGUGGGAAUGCAAGACUUUCCAGUAAUAAUUUUCCAUUUCCAAACAAUAUUUCCUGUUGGCCAAAGGGCUGUUUUUUUAAGACAC